GCGGGCGCACAAGAUGGCGGCCCCGGUACCCCAGGGAGGGCGGCCGCAGCUAGGCCCUGGCCUCUAGCCCGGGCCUAAGGUCCAGAGACAGGCUUCGCCCGGGUCACAGGAGGUUUGGGCGGUGCCGCUGGGCCUCGUGGGCUGCCAGGUCCGCUCGGUGCUACCCCCGGGGCCCGCCCGCUCCCCAGCCCUGGCCGGGGGCGGAACCGAAGGAAGGUCAGGUCUGGCCGCCCAGCCCCGCACCCCGUGGCUGAUCCGUGGGCGUUCACCAUUAACUUUGACUUCAGCCACGUGUAGCUUCCAUGGCGGCCUCACAGGUCCCGGGGGAGAUUAACAUACAGGCGGGAGAGACGGCCGAGGCCGGGGACAGGGACCUCCUGGGGAGCGACUGUCCGGAGCAGGACGGGCUUCUCCAACGCUCCUGGAGGCAGAAGUGCGCCUCCUACGUGCUGGCCCUGCGGCCCUGGAGCUUCAGUGCUUCACUCACCCCGGUGGCCCUGGGCAGUGCCCUGGCCUACAGAUCUCAGGGCGUCCUGGAUCCCAGGCUGCUGGUGGGUUGUGCUGUGGCUGUCCUGGCCGUGCACGGGGCUGGCAAUUUGGUCAACACUUACUAUGACUUUUCCAAGGGUAUUGACCACAAAAAGAGCGAUGACAGGACCCUGGUGGACCAUAUCUUGGAGCCCCAGGAUGUUGUUCGGUUUGGAGUCUUCCUCUACACUUUGGGCUGUGUCUGUGCGGCUUGUCUCUACUACCUGUCUCCUCUGAAAUUGGAGCACUUGGCUCUCAUCUACUUUGGAGGCCUGUCUGGCUCUUUUCUCUACACAGGAGGAAUUGGAUUCAAGUAUGUGGCUCUGGGAGACCUGGUCAUCCUCAUCACUUUUGGCCCGCUGGCUGUGAUGUUCGCCUAUGCCGUCCAGGUGGGGUCCCUGGCGGUCUUCCCACUGGUCUACGCCAUCCCCCUUGCCCUGAGCACCGAGGCCAUUCUCCAUUCCAACAACACCAGGGACAUGGAGUCCGACAGGGAGGCCGGCAUCGUCACGCUCGCCAUCCUCAUCGGCCCUACCCUCUCCUACAUGCUCUACAACACGCUGCUCUUCCUGCCCUACCUGAUCUUCAGCAUCCUGGCCACACACUGCAGCAUCAGCCUGGCCCUCCCCCUACUCACCAUCCCCAUGGCCUUCUCCCUGGAGAGACAGUUCCGAAGCCAGACUUUCAACAAACUGCCCCAGAGGACUGCCAAACUCAACCUCUUGCUGGGGCUCUUCUAUGUCUUUGGCAUCAUUCUGGCCCCAGCGGGCAGUCUGCCCAAACUGUAAGGGGACCUGGAGCUCCCUGUCUCCAUUCCCCGUAUUGGAAUGUGUUUGUUGAAGGCAGAGAAUCCGAGGAGGAAGGGUGAUUUAGCAGCGAGGGGGCUGAGGUUGGCUUCUGAACUCCCACCUUUUUUUUAUUAUUAUCUUUCUAAAGAUAAGGUUUUGUUUUUGUAUUACUCCAUUUUAUGGUGAAUCUCGAAACCAGGGGUAGUGGGUAAACUGGCUGUGUGGUCCUCGUUUUAUUUAUAAUUUCCACUAGGGGGUGUUGUUAGGUCACUUUAAAGCAGAUUAAAAGGCCCUAAGACUGUGAAGGAGCUGCCGGGUUGGCCUCCUGUCCUGGAAGCGCAGUGGUCACGGGGCUCCCGCUUGCCCCGCUCACCCGCCGGAGGUGUCAGCCUGGUAGCUUGGUCUUGCAGGAUGUGCCUGCGGUCGGUGCCAGGCCCCAGUGACCCGGGGUGCAUCUGUCUCUUACCCUGAGCCCUUGGGGCCUGAAGUAUACUGCUUGAGAGAGAAAGUCCCUCAUUAACAGCCUACCGUGGCUCCCGGCUUUUUGCCUAGGUCGGGAUUCGGACACUUGGACUCUUCAUCUCUCCUUUCACUUACUGCCCCAGCGGAGAAGUGGCAGAUCAACCUGCAGCCAGCUAGCCAAGCUGAAGGCUGGGGAAGGGAGCAACCCCCACCCUGGAGGCAGCUGAGAAAGUCACUCUGCUUUUGAUUAGAAACUGGUACCGCUGCUGUUUUCCCUUUGCAGGAUCUACUGGAUGACAGGAAGGACUCCAGCCCUUUCAGUAACUCUUAGGAGCCCUGAAAUCGUAGGCAUUUUGGACUCCUUAAAGCUCCUUCCCCUGACCCAUCGCCUUUCCUCCUGCUUCCCUGUGUCCACCUUCUGUCCGGUUCCCAUUUGUGUAUCUCCCAGCCAUGGAGCCUAUUUGGGUAGCAGUGCAGCAGCUGAGUUGGGGACAGUUGUCAUUUCCUACAGAGCCACAGGAUGAGCAGACCAGGGACGUCCGCUCAUCCGUGAACGAAUAAGCCGAUAGACACAGUCCUGACCCUGUUCAGCCAAAAUGGCAGGCCCUGCCAGGGAAGGCACUGUGUCUUCCUCUUUGAAGACAGACGUGCAGUAUUGACCCUGCUUCUCCCAAAGUCUUCCGUCACCUCGUGCAAAGAUCUUUUGCUCCCAGAAUGGGGGAAUUCCAAUGCUGAGCGUAGCUGCUUCUCCCUUCACUGCCUGCAAAGUACAAGUUCUGGGCGAGAGUGGCUCAGCUGCGUUUGGUCCAAGACUGAACUAGAUUGAGACCAUCAUCAUUAUACUUUUCUGUUGUGAUUAUAGCCUUUCUGAUUGGUGUUUCAGGGUCUUGGCCGCCGAAAGAGAUAAGAACUAGUUCUUACCCCUUCAAAUCAGGUUAAUUAUGAUUUGGCUCCUUGGAGUUAGAAUUGGUCAGUCUCCUUGGAAAAAACAUGUUUGGAAAUUGCAGGCAUUCCUCCAAAGCUAGAGGUGGUUUGUGUGCAGAGCUCCAGAGUCCUCGAAUGGUGGUCAGAGCCCAGUAACAGGAGAAGGAAGGACGGCCCUCCUAUCCUGCCAUUCUUCCCAGCACCAUUUUUGUUUUACACCAGGUCCAGGGCAUUGUGCUUCAAAGCCAGGCUUUUGUGGCUCCUCUUGAGAGCAGGCCGUUCUCACACAGGGCUCCCUCCUGCGGCUCUAGGACCAGAGCUCCCUGCACCCCAGACCACACCCGCCUUCGUAAGCCCUCAUGCCAGGAGGUGUCCAUUGGCCUCUGCACUGCAUCAUGGUACAGAUUUUAAUGCAUAUUUUUAUAUAUAAAUAUUUCUAAAAGGCCAAAUUUAGUGCCAGGUUUUAUAUGCAGGCCACCAUAAUUUGUAUUACAUCUCCUGAUUCAAUGAAGGUCUUCUUUAGACUUGUUAAUAAAAACAAUAUU